CUCCCGCAGCCAAUCGGGGCGGGUGUCACUUUAAACUCGCCGUGCUUCCGGAAGCGACUGUGUGGGCUGCGCUGCUGUCCUAGGCGCGCGCUGGGCUGUUACAGAAUGACCUUGCACUGAGCUUUUGUGGGAAAAGCAAGACUUAGUCAUUCUCCAAUGUGCAUCAUUCUAUUCAAAUUUGAUCCUCGGCCGGUUUCAAAAAAUGCCUACAGACUUAUUCUAGCAGCUAAUAGAGAUGAGUUUUACAGCAGACCAUCCAAAUCAGCAGAUUUUUGGGACAGCAGCAAUGAAAUCCUGAGUGGUCUGGAUAUGGAGGAAGGAAAAGAAGGUGGGACGUGGCUGGGAAUCAGUAAGAAAGGCAGGAUGGCAGCCCUGACGAACUAUAUGCAGCCAACAACUGACAAAAAUGCAAAAGGAAGAGGUGCUCUUGUAACAAACUUCUUGACUUCAGAUCUGGACUGUUACUCUUACUUGAAGAAAGUUUCAGUAGAAGGACAUCUUUAUAACGGAUUUAAUUUAAUAGCAGCUGACUUGAAUAGCACCAAAGGAGAUGUAAUUUGCUACUAUGGAAACAAAGGAGAACCGGAACCUGUUUUCUUAAAUCCUGGAAUAUAUGGACUGAGCAAUUGUUUGUUGGAUACACCAUGGAAGAAACUUCAGUAUGGGAAACAGCUUUUCACAGAAGUCAUCAACAGAAGCCAAGACCUUGCCAAAGAGGACUUGGUGCAGGAGCUCCUUACAGUGAUGAAUAAUCAAGAGCCUCAAUUACCUGACCCUGCAAUUGAAGACCAAGGGAAGGAAUACAUACGUCCUAUAUUGAACAAGUAUGCAGCUGUGUGCGUUCGUUGCCCAGGUUAUGGAACAAGGACAAACACAGUCCUUCUCAUUGAUUCAGAAGGAAAUGUUACUUUCACAGAGCGUGCCAUGAUCAACGAGGAUGUCAGCCAGUGGAAAACAAGCACCUAUGAAUUCAAACUGCACGUGUAACAACUUUCCAUUUGAAUGCAUUGUAAUAAAAGCAAUGAAAGCAAGCUGUUAAGCUCCAGGAAAUGUUUUCUGCCAGCUUCUGGAAGCUAAAAAUAGCAAGAGAAGCAAAAGUUGUUUUAAAUAGAUCGUAUAAGCUAUCAAUCUCACAAAUCCUUUGCAUAAAACCAAGUUUCUUGCUGUUCUUACACUAAGUUACAACUUUAAAACAAAUUUCUGACCGUGUGGCUUUGUUUUAUCAUCUAAGCUUUAAAAAAUGGUAAUAUCCAGUGGAAGGUACCAACAGGAUACUGUGACUUGCAUAUAACUUCUUUAUUUUUAUUUCAACCAAAGCUGAGAAUAUAUGCAGCUUCUUGGUGAAUCAAUCUUCAGCUAACUUUCAAAUCUAAAUUUUGUCUAAAAGUUAGAUUUUUAUCAUUUGCACUUGGAAUUGAAAGGAAAUCAGCUGCAGUUCCAUUUCUUUUCACAGGUUCCUCUAAUUUCUUUUCACUCAGAUGCAACCAUGGUGUAUGAUGCCUGAAACCAAUGUCAAGCAGUCACAGAACUUAAGAUCAGAGGGAUCAUGAGGCCACCUGGUCUAACACCUGUUUCCAGGGCAAGGCUGUCUUUGCCCAACAUGCAAGUCAUUUUUUUAAAGUAUAUUUUAAAGGAAUACUAACCUUGCAUUCAAUUCAGAGGAGGAGAAACACUUGCUGCCUUUGUUUUUUACAAAUCUCCUUUCAAUAUAUAAUUUUAUGAUUGUAAGCUGAUGCCAAUGUGCAUUAAAUGAAUGUAUGUUUUCUUUGAGGAAUUAAUUGCUUUGGUAAUAUUUAAACUUGUCACCAUGCCAUGGUGCAUUGUUCUGCCUGGAGAGGGUAGGAAGGGAAGAAUUCUUUGUUUUGUUUACCUGUAAAUAUUACAGCAAUAGAUCUUAAGUACUCUCAAAUCUAGUUUUAGAACUAAGAAAUUAAGUUGUCACUGCUCAGUUUUAUUCAGUAAAGUUUAGAGUUGUUUGUCUUUGAAGAGAAUAAAAUUCUGUACUGUGACAUCUUGUUUGCUUAUAAUCUCGUUAGCAAUAUUAGUUUUUUUUCCUUCCCAACCAGACAGAUAAGGAAUAAUUAUGCUUGCAAAUGGAAACUGAAGUUACACGAACUUGAGACAGCCUUAGUGAUCUGCAUACCUGGAUGUUGCAGUGGAGGUGACAUUUGUAAUUAUCUAUCUACAGUUACAGAUAGAUGGAGAAUUCAGAAUCACCUUUAGAAUGGAACAUCUGUUGUAAUGUAACUUGUUUCAGCCAUGCUGAAAAGAUCACUCUCCAGAAUUCUUUAUGUAGUAUCUUGUUUAAGAGUGUAUAUUUCUAUGAGUGGUCAUAACACAAGGAAUGGGAGGGGAGCAAACAGACAAAAAUCCCAGCAAGUAGGGCUGUGAAGUUGAAGGAUUCUUGGUAGCCUUUUCCAUGGAAGCAGUAGGAUUAACAGGCAAGUAAAAAAGAAUAACCACCAUAUUCUGAGCAGCUUUGAUAAAAUGACACUUUUCAACAUGCAAUUUGUUUCCAUCUCAUUCUGUGAUUGAUAUUCUUUGUCUUUACUAAAUAUCAGUAUGAAUUAUCACAGUACUUACUAAAACUUUGCUUUAUUUGCCUUAUUAAAUAAACAAGUCUCCCAGGAAAACCUUGAUUUAUAUUCAAGCAUUAUAAAAGUCCAUAUGAAGCUCUCAUCUUUCUCCUGAAGAGUUUAAGCUAGAAGUGGCAUUCGGUGAUGAUGUAUUUUGUGGUUUUUGCUUGUUUUUAAAUCUAAAGAAAAGCCUCUGACGUGGAUUUAAAAUCUUCUAAUGAGGAUGUGAUAACUACGUAUGUAUGCAAUUUGAACUUCAUUAAAUUAUUUUGGAUAAAUAUA